UACUUUCCCACAUAAGCCCCCCGUUCUCUCUCUCUCUUCACCCAAACAAUAAUAACUAAAAAUAAAACCAAUCAAACACACAGCGCACCUCCUUUUUGAGUCCUUCCAAAGAUCAAACCAUCCUCUCAGAACACCCCCAUCCCCAUAAACCCUUCUCUUCCCCACCUCCCAUCCUUUCUCUCUCCUCAAAAUUCUCUCUCUAGAACCUCGUGUUAGGGUUUUGAUAGCAUUUCUGGCUAUGGCGGUUUCGAGUGCGUUUGCAGGGGCCAAGCUCGAGACUCUCCUCCUCGGCAACAAUUCCUCAACGAGGUCGUCGCCGUCUCAAAUUGGGGUGUUCUGCAAACCCACUCGGACCAGAAGAACCCUAAUUCAAAGAGGAUGGGCUUCUUUCAACCCCACAAUCAGGUCUGAGGUUGCUUCUGAUGUUUUGGUUCAGACUUCUGACAAGAUCGACACCAACACGGCUUCGUCUUCCAGCCUCUCUGCUCUCGAACAGCUCAAAACCUCCGCUGCUGAUCGAUAUACAAAGGAAAGGAGCAGCAUUGUGGUCAUUGGGCUUAGUGUUCACACUACACCUGUUGAAAUGCGUGAAAAACUUGCCAUUCCAGAAGCAGAAUGGCCACGAGCCAUUGGGGAGCUUUGUAGUUUGAAUCAUAUAGAAGAGGCUGCUGUUCUUAGUACAUGCAACAGGAUGGAGAUAUAUGUUGUGGCAUUGUCUCAGCAUCGUGGAGUCAAGGAAGUUACUGAAUGGAUGUCAAAGACAAGUGGCAUCCCUGUUUCUGAUCUUUGCCAGCACCGAUUCUUGUUGUAUAACAAAGAUGCUACACAACAUAUCUUUGAAGUAUCAGCAGGCCUAGACUCCUUGGUUUUAGGAGAAGGUCAAAUUCUUGCUCAGGUUAAACAAGUUGUCAAAGUUGGGCAAGGAGUUGUAGGAUUUGGGAGGAACAUUAGCGGGUUGUUUAAGCAUGCAAUCACUGUUGGAAAGCGGGUUAGAACUGAGACAAACAUUGCAGCAGGGGCGGUUUCUGUUAGUUCAGCUGCUGUGGAAUUGGCCUUGAUGAAGAUGCCUGAGUCCUCACAUUCUAGUGCUCGGAUGCUGGUGAUUGGAGCUGGCAAGAUGGGAAAACUUGUAAUCAAACACUUAGUAGCAAAAGGAUGCACGAAAAUGGUGGUUGUAAACAGAAGUGAGGAGAGAGUUGCAGCCAUCCGCGAGGAGUUGAAAGGUGUGGAGAUAAUCUAUAAACCACUAACUGAGAUGUUAACAUGUGCUGCUGAAGCUGAUGUAGUUUUCACCAGCACAGCAUCAGAAAACCCAUUAUUUUUGAAAGAACAUGUAAUGGAUCUUCCUCCUGUUGGUCCUGAUGUUGGGGAUUUGAGGCUCUUCAUUGAUAUAUCUGUUCCUAGGAAUGUGGGUUCCUGUGUUACUGAUGUUGAGACUGCGCGAGUUUACAAUGUGGAUGAUCUUAAGGAGGUUGUGGCUGCUAAUAAGGAGGAUCGGCUCCGAAAAGCAAUGGAAGCUCAGUCCAUUAUUGCUGAGGAAUCUAAACAAUUUGAAGCCUGGAGGGAUUCACUCGAGACUGUUCCGACAAUCAAGAAAUUAAGGGCAUAUGCUGAAAGAAUCAGAGUUGCAGAGCUAGACAAAUGCUUAUCAAAAAUGGGUGAUGAUAUCUCAAAGAAAACUAGAAGGGCUGUGGAUGAUCUUAGCCGAGGUAUAGUGAACAAGCUCCUUCACGGUCCAAUGCAGCACUUGAGAUGUGAUGGGAGUGACAGCCGGACCUUGAGUGAGACCCUUGAGAAUAUGCAUGCUCUUAACAGAAUGUUUAGUCUUGAGACCGAGAUAUCUGUUUUGGAACAGAAGAUCCGAGCGAAGGUGGAGCAGAACCAAAAAUAAGCGUCAAUGUAUACUUCUUUCAGACCACCCUUGUGUUUCCUCCCAUUUGAAUAAGAGGAAUUGUUCGCCAUUUUUAGGAUUGUCACUGUUGUAAUACUCAUUUGAAUCGAUAAGGAGGAAUAGGUCCCUUGGGAGGGAUCUGUCCCAUUGAUUUUAGUGUUUUCAGAGAUUUCUUUCUAACUUUCUUUGGUUGGAUCUGUCAACCGUGUUUUGUAACUGGUCAUUCGGCUGUGUAAUUGGAGGUAUUAUGAGAUCAGUCCAUGUAUCGAAUCUCCAAUAUGUUGUCUACUUUUGAAAUGUUGUUAUAUCUUGUAAUUAAUUUCGAUAUUCAAAUCGAGGCUCAAUGUAUGUUAAUUGUAUUUGGUAUUUAUAAGUAACUCUUACCCCCUUA